AGUAGUUCGAAUGUCAACUAUGGCGUCGGACAUGUCAAUGUUGUGCAUGAAGGCAUUUUAAUCUGAAGGGAAGGUUGACAUCCAGUGGCAUGUCGAGAUAAAACUGUCGCGCAGACCUGCUGUUUAGUUAAAGAAGCGAUGGCUGUGAGUGGAAUCCGGCGAAGUUUCCGACUGCUGUUCGGUCAUAUUCGACAAAGUCCGCUGGUCGCCUCAAGUCAUUCAGCUCGCUGUGUGAGUCGCUCUGCCGCCCAGCCGGAGCCCAGCAAGGAUGAAAAUGAAGCUGUCAACCAGACCUUCGUCAACAGGAAUCCAAGGAACCUGGAGCAGAUGAGACUGGCUAUCAAGGACCGCGGCUGGAAGACCACGUGGCCCCACAGAGAGUUCUACCACAGACUACAGUUUUCCCGCUCUCAGCAUCAUGUGACAGCCGAGGUCUUCUCCGGUAGCUCCACCGUCCCGGUCGUCUCCUGCUCCACGAAGGAGUGGGCCAUCAAAAAGGAGCUGCCGUCCACCCGCUGUGUGGCGGCGUGUCAGGCUGUGGGCGAGGUGCUGGCUCACAGAUGCAAGCAGGCCGGCAUCACCAGGAUGGUCUACCGGGCCAUUCCCUGGACGUACCGCUCCGAUGCUGUCCAGACCUUCAGGACUGCCAUGAAGGAGGGAGGCAUCACCCUCAGUGAGCCCAGGAGGAAAUACACUGGCUCCUGAUCUCUGGUCUUUACCGCUUGUUGUUUUGUGUCUUGACCCAUCAAAUGUAUGUUAGAGUGAUCAGAGUGAGUGCUCCGUAUUUUGCUCUG